GUGACACUGAAGUAGACAGAAGAUCUUCAGCAGAAAUCUAUUCAACAACAAAGUCAAAAAUGAACAGAGCAGCAGCUGUACUGACUGCCAUCCUGCUCCUGUGUGCUAUUGCUGCUCAAGGCAUUCCAAUCCCGGGUACUCAAGGUCGGUGUCUGUGCCCUGAGAAUCCCAGCUCCAAUUUUAUUAAUCCGAAAACCAUUCAGAGUUUGCAAUACAUUCCCAAAGGGUCACACUGUGAGAGACAAGAGAUAAUCAUUACCAUGGAAACUGGGAAGAUUGUUUGUGUGAGCCCCAAUGCCAAGUGGGUGAAGAUUAUCUUUAAAUCCAGGCAAGGUUCCAUAACUAAGAAUUGAAGCUGCGAUGGAACUCACUUGAUUGCCCCCCCCCCCCCACGGAAGUUGCUGUACAGUGAACACUGAAGUGAAGAAGCUCUGUGCAGGGCACUCACUUUCUGAUAUCACUGUUCGAUAUGUUGUUCGAGCAGUUCCCCUGGAUCGAUCCUCUGAAACAUACUUCAUUGUUUAACCUACUUCCACUGUAACUGUCUACACAGAGCCUAAGAAAUCCGGCUGCUGUUGUGAAAUGUUGUGCUGUGCUGUGCUGGGGCAAGUGAAGGAGCAAGAACUGUGUUUUGAGGAGUUGUAAGUGGGAAAAUACAGAACAGCGAACAAAUCGCUGCAGGGAUUGUGACUGGAAACUGUUUAACAUUGUGUUGAUUCUGGAGGCCAAAAAGUGCCCUCUCACAAAGUUGUUAUAAUAUUUCUUGAGCAAAUGCUACACUCUAUUGGAACAAUCUAGGAGAAUAUGGGGAUAAUGUGGCAGGGAGGGAGGGAAGCUGGCGGUGGGCAAUGCAGAAAUACUAUCAUGUGACAUUGUUUAAACUAAAUUACAAUCCAAAUUUAAUCUCAUCUUUCUAUUGCUGUUGAUGGCCGGUGUAUCCGACGUGAUGUAUUGAAGGCAUGCUAUAGGUAAAAGCUUUGAAUUGUUGACUAAACAUACUUUAGUUCCAGUGUGAACUAAGGUCAAACUUCAAGUUCAAUUAAUUGACAUUAACAAUGCCACGAUGUUACUGCAGUGUUUAUGAAUCACUAACAUUGUAAGUGAACCCUGGGACUUUGCUGAUAUAAUAUCAGAAUCUUUCCAAAGUUGAUGUCUGUGGAGAGAAUGUCUCUGUAGAAAUGAUGUUUGUGUGAAGUACUUACAUUUUUGGAGAUUAUGGUGCUUAUCAUGUAAUAUUAACAGGAAGGAAAGUUGUGUUAUGAAUGUGAU